UUUCUCGAAAGGAAACGGAAUUCGGCGAACGUUAGCCGAGCCGAAUCCGAAUCCGAUGACACGCCAACUUCCGUUGCUCCUCACGCGCUCUCCCACAUCCGGCGAAGGCAUCUCUAUUAUUCUUCCCUACCUCCUAUACUUGCGCCUCAUGCGUCCGGCGCGUUCGUCAUCGCCGCACCGACUCGCUUCUUCUCUCUCUUUAUCCUUAACAAAUCACCUAAUUUUCAAACCCCGAUCUUAAUUACAAACCGAUACGCCUGAAAACCUAAUCGUCCCCAGAUCCAUGGGUGAUCUAACGGGCUCUCUGACGCCGUCGUCCGGCGCUCUCAACCUCGUCACCACUGCUUCCUCACACAACCCUCGCCCCAUGCCAGUUCGCGAGGACUGCUGGAGCGAGGAGGCAACGUCUACUCUCGUUGACGCCUGGGGCCGCCGUUACCUGGAGCUUAAUCGUGGCAAUCUUCGCCAGAAAGACUGGCAGGAUGUUGCUGAUGCUGUCAACGCUCUCCAUGGCCAGACCAAGAAGACUCACCGUACCGAUGUCCAGUGCAAGAAUCGCGUUGAUACCAUCAAGAAAAAGUACAAAAUCGAGAAGGCUAGGGUUUCCGCUUCUAAUGGAAACGUUACCUCCUCUUGGCCGUUUUAUGAUCGCAUGGACGUGCUGAUCGGAUCUAGUGUUAGCGUCAAGAAGCAACCCUCUCCGUCACUCUCGCCGUCCCCGCCGGUUGCUUUGCCACUCACGUACCGGAAGAGUCCUUCCUCGGCUCCUCCAACGGCAGUGGCUCUGCCUCAGAAGAGGCCGGCGGACGAUGGAUAUUUUAGGAGGAAUUACUCAGCUAUGGCUGCAGCUGCUGCUGCAGAGAGCGAUGAGAGCGAAGAGGACGAGAGGGAAAGGGAGAGGGAGGAGGAGAGUGAGGAGGAAGGGGAAGGAAUGAGGAAGCUAGCAAGGGCGAUAGAGAGAUUUGGGGAGGUGUAUGAACGGGUGGAGGGUGAAAAGCUAAGGCAGAUGGUGGAGUUGGAGAAGCAGAGGAUGCAGUUUGCGAAAGAUUUGGAGGUUCAGAGGAUGACGAUGUUUAUGGACACCCAGGUUCAAUUGGAGAAGGUCAAGCGUGGCAAGCAUUCCGGCUCUGAUGGUUGGGAAGUUGAUUAUGUUUCAAGCUUUCAUUGCCAUUCGUUGCUAAGAAAUUUCAUUCUGGGAGACAUAUAUAGCUAGCCAUCUGGGAGAAAGGUGAUAGUAAUUCUUCAUUGGAAACAUUUCUAGGUUUUAAUUUUGUAUUUAUUAUCCUUAGUCCCUGCAAAAUACAUAAAGUUCCCUGGCUAUAAGAGAAAAUCAGCAGUGACGGAUAUCCCUGGUACCUUUUUGUUUUUUUAUGAACUUAUAGCUAUAUCUUAAACCAGCAAACGCACUCGACCAAUACAAUGUAUGGCUUAAUUAUUUUGAUUUUAGAUGUAAUGCAGAUUGAAGGGGGGGCUUUGUUCUUCCUAGUGUAAAAUCUCUUGCAUUGCACAGGACUAGGUCUGUGUAGAAUUAUUACAUGAUGCUUAAUAUAAUUGUUGAAUGUUUCUAUGCUUAAA